GGACAGGUGUGAGAUAGAUUGAAUUGGACAAGUUGAAGGAGGAUUUUUAAAGUUGAAAAUAUGUGUUUUGGAAGGUGUGCUAGAUGUGUUGGUUGUAAGUUGCUCAUCCUUGCUCUCCUCUGCAUUGUGGCCAACACUUUACUUUAUUUUCCCAAUGGCGAAACAAGAUUUGCUUCAGAGCAUCACCUCAGCAAAUACGUGGAGUGCCUUCAUGGCAUUCUAGGUGGAGGCUUUCUGGUACUCAUUCCAGCUGCAGUGUUCAUUGGGCUUCACAAUGACGACUGCUGUGGGUGCUUUGGCCAUGAGGGCUGUGGAAAGAGCUGUGCGAUGCUGUCCUCAGUUCUGGCAGCCUUUGUUGGGAUCCUUGGCUCUGGAUACUGUAUAAUCAUUUCAGCACUGGGCUUGUCUCAAGGACCGUAUUGUCUUACCCGCCUAGAAAGAAACUGGAUCUAUCCUUUCACUGACUCAUCUGGAGGGUACUUGUUUGAGUAUAACAAGUGGUCUGAAUGUCAGGAACCUCAAAACAUCGUGCAGUGGAAUGUCACCCUCUUUUCCAUCCUCCUUGUUUUGGGAGGAAUAGAAUUCAUUCUGUGCUUCAUACAGAUAAUCAAUGGCAUUCUUGGAGGACUGUGUGGGUUGUGCUGCAGUCAUGAGGAGACAUAUGUUUGCUAGAAACCUGACAAUGUAUUGACAUCGGUGCAUGUGUGUGCUGUAAUGAAUAUCCUGUGGAUUUUUUUUAAAUAUUCCAGGGAAACUGAAAUACACAUUGUUGUCAAACUCUGCUGUUGCCACGAAUUUAACUGACUUGGGGCCUUUGUUGUUGGAGUCAUAUGCAGGUUUUCCACUAACCUGCCUGAACUGAAAAGCAAAAUGUAUCCUGAACAUCUUUGGUUCAUUUCACAUUGGUACAGGCAA